CUAACCUAAUGAGUAGUACCCAUCCUACUCUGUACGUACAGUCAAUCUACUGCUACCUACUACGGAGUACCUUACACUAAGCAAAACUAUAAGGUAAGUAUAGUUAUUCUUAGUUCUCAACUUAUUUGCAAGCCUCUCUACAGUAUGAAACGUUUACAUGGGCGUCUGACUGGCGCAAGCUCGAUGACGUGCAAUGCAUUGGUCCCUGCAGCGCCUAACCACGGGGCUUUCUUUGUAACACGAUGCCACAGGUUACAAGGUCUUUCUCUAAAGAGAAAUCUAUUCGAUUCUAGGUAGGUACCUAGUUGAAGUUAUUCACGAAAGGUCGCUACCUACCUAGUCAGUCAGUUGACAUCACAUGGAUGAGAAUCGGAUGGCGAUGCUUACGACAACUUAAAGUGGCUCAAGGUGCCGAACUUCCGACUGACAACGGAGGCACUCGUUAGUAACAAUUCAAAUUCAGGGUACAGCAGAACAGAGCCGAGUCGGCGUCGGUUCGCAUGACGUCCGAUACCUGUUUCAUUCCUUUAAAUAGAUGUUUUCCCACUCAAAAAUGCCAAGAUCUCGCCCCUCUAGAGUCAUUGGCUCUGUGAUUUCUCUUGUAUGUUUAGGGUAGACAGUGGUUCCAUUAUAACCAUGCAUUUGAAUCAAUGUUGCUCUCAACACCAACAAUCAUCACGAGAAGCGUGAUUCCUAUUUUGUGGUUAUUCUCUAUCCCAUACAUAUUACUACUCUCGGUCCAAGUUCCACGUCGUUUCUCAUUGUAUCAUGCAGUAACAUCUUCGGUUUCACAAACCCCCAGCUUGCUUGAACUCUACGUCCGCUUCCAGACGGACACUCGUGUAGAUUACCCCUUAGCCAUUGUGCUUCACGGGCACAGAGGGGUAUGUCGUUAGUGAAUCUAGUGCAGAGGCCUCUCUCCGAGUAUGCAUCUUAUGUUGGAUGUUCACCAUCAGCCACUUAUAACGCAGCUUAUUCUUCUGCCUACCAAGCCACAUAAGGAUGCAGUCCUACAUCGCCAGCACAAACCGUGCAAGCCGUCAGUUUUUGGCUGCCUAGAAAAGCGCUGACAAGCUUAAUAGUCUUUUUGCGGCUGAAAUCAAUCCUUUUGAGGGGGGGGGGCGGAUAUUACCAAGUGAUGUUGAUUGCAGCGUGUACAUACCUUAGCCUUACACGUCCUGGACCGACUGUGCAGCUUGGCAUGAGUAUAUAUGUCUUGCUUACCACAAACUUCUGACCAUAUGUCCCCGUGAUAACACCUUUUACCCUCAACUGGAAUUUCCACUGUGACUAACCAACGCCAAAAUGGAUGCUGAGUUGCUUGCAAAUAUGGACCGAUGUCCCAUGUACGCCGUACGUAGCCCUUUGCCAAAGAAUAACCCACCUCUCCUCACAUAAGUCAUGGACAGUCCUUCUUUGGCGCACUUGGUUGUGCCUGUUCCAUCGUAUUCACAACUUUCGGCGCGGCAUACGGCACCGCAAAGUCCGCCGGCGCAAUCUUCCAAUCUGGCAUCCUCCGCCCCGACAUGAUGAUGCAAAACACGUACGAUGAGAUGAACUCAACGUUGGUAAAACAGUGGCUGACACACUUUAGCCUGUGUGCCAUCAUGGCCCAGAUCCUGUCCAUCUACGGUCUUGUAGCAAGCGUCAUCAUGUCAAACAACAUCAAGGAGAAGAUGGCUAUCCACACGGCCUUCUUGCAGCUCGGUGCCGGCAUUUCCGUAGGGCUGUGCGGCAUGGCUGCUGGCUUUGCUAUUGGCAUUGUUGGUGAUGCUGGAGUUCGUGCAAGUUCGCAGCAACCGCGUCUCUAUAUCGGAAUGGUUCUCAUCCUCAUCUUUGCCGAGGUCCUAGGCUUAUACGGUGUCAUUGUGUCCAUCCUUAUGUUAACUCGUUCCACCGAUGGUGUGACCGAAUGCAGGUAUUGAGACAUACAAACCAGACCGCGAUUGCCCGGUAUCAUGUUAGACCAUAGGUUUAAAAUUAAGGCUGUCGUCAAUUGCACUGAAUAAAUGUUGCGGGGGUAUAUGCAGAUCUAAGAUAAUGAUAAGGCAGCCAAACACAAGCACACAGACUUUGUUCCCGUCCUCCUCUUGUUACAAUGCCCAUUCGUUGAUGUUGUCGUUAUGCGUAAUGAAAGGCUCAUCAAUCC